AUGGCUGCUAAGUGUGGGCAGGUCCUGACCUCCGUCCUGCCUGCCCUCCUGCUGGGACUCACAGGGGUCUGGGGCCCACAGGACCUAGCGGGGCCCUUUGCCUACCUGCCAGGGCGUGUCCUGUCCUCACCUAAUAGAGUCAGCAGCAUUACCUUGAACCACAGGCUUUUCCCCAUCUGGACCUCUUUGCCCAUGAUGCUGGAGUCCUACAGAUCUCUCAGCCUCUCAAGCCCUUACAGGCUGUUGAGUGUCAGAUGCGCCUUGUAUGGUCACAAGCUCUCUUUCACAGCCGGGCAGCCCUUCAUCUCUCUGACGGGCCCAUCUCGAAGGACGACCCCGGGAAACCCGGUGCCUUUCAACUGUACCGCCGGCCCCUUCAGCUCCUGGGAUUUCAAUGUCACCUGGAUGAAGGGCAGCGAUGAGCAUCCAGCCUCAGCCCAGCACCUGGUGACCAACAACCAAGGCAACUACUUCAUUACCAGUAAGGUGUGGGUGACACUGACCCUCCAGGAUCUCUUACUGGAGAUCACCUGUGAAGUCACCCACAGGGCGCUGGGAGAGCCUCUGCGAAAGACCAUGAACCUCUCCCAAGUGCUCCAAGUUGUCCCCACCCUGAAGAUCACCACCAAGACCUCCGGGACGUACAUCCACGUGCAACAGAGAGUGAAUCUCACCUGCCACGUGAGCCACUUCUACCCCUCCCACCUACGUCUCACCUGGAUGGAGAACAGACACCAGGUCCACACGGUGGAGUCCCCACAGGUCACGAGAAACCCAGAUGGCACCUACUCUCUGAAACACACGUGGCAGGCGGAGGCCAAGCUGGACGGGAGCGAGUUUGCUUGCUGGGUGGUCCAGGAUGAGCAGCCACCCUUCCGGGCCAACAUCACCCUGCGGGCCCAGGCACCCAGGCUGGGGAAAGGUGGGUGCGGUCUCUUGCUGGCCCCUCUGGGCGGCAUGGAUGGGAGAGUCAGGCAUGAAAACACCAAGCAUGGGCCUGGGGUGCAGGCUGUAGUAGGUCAGGGGCUCGGGGUGGCACUGGAUGAAGGUGACGAAAGGGAGGGUUCCCUGGGCUGGCGAUAAAACUCGGAGCCAUUCACCCCUAAGUUCCCUCCCUCCCUCCUUCCCCCCCACCCUCACCAACAAGGAGCAGGACUUCCCUUCCCCAGUCCCAUGCACUCUUCUGGUAGGAAGUUUGCUGCCUUCACGCUUGACUGCAGGAAAUGGCAGAGAUUAGGGACUGCUGGGCACCAAAGGUUUUUAAUCAAGACUGGUUCAGCUGGAAGUUUCUGAGAGUCAAUUUCAAAGAGGCCAGAAUUCUCAACUCCCUUAGCUGGGAAACAGAGUGGGUGCCAGAGCAAGAUUCUCCUCUCUCCUAUUCAGUUCUCUCUCUCUCUCUCUCUCUCUCUCUCCUUUCUCUCUCCUCCUUGCCUCCCUCCGCCCAUCCUAAUCCUCUCCAAGCUCCCCUUCUCUCGCCCUUUGUGGCCGCGUGUGACUGUGUCCACUAGGGGGAGCUGCCUGCUCGCAGUUCAGACCCACACCAGCCGCGCAAGCUGCUUCUCCUGGACCAGCUUGGAUCAGCUCGGGAGAAUGAAUGACGGGCCAGGAGGGGAUGUGGGGAUGGGAAGAGAAGAGAGUAGCAUGAUUGGCCAGGCCUAGGGGAGCCCCAGUGCGGACUGACAGCUCUCCAGAACCGCCCUAAGUGGGGGAGGACAGCUCCCUACAGGAGGUGUGUGCAGGUGUGAAUGGCUGCGUCUGUGCACAUGUCUCAGGGUCCCUGCCGCUCCCAGCAAAGGGUGGAUGGAGGCCGGGCUGGCACAACAGCCCGUCUUCCCAGCAAGGGCUUCGACCCUGCAUCCUAUCUCUCCCGGACAGAUCCGGCCUUGAUCUGCCUGCUGUAAGAAUUCUUGGGGAAUGAUCCUACUCACCAUUCAGUUUCUCCAGGUUCUUUUUUGUCCACGUCCAGCAGAAAUAAGAGAAGGGUCCCCCCCCCCCCAACCCCACCCAGUGGGAUACACAGAUCUGGAUAGAAAACUCCAAACUGGUCUUUUGUCCUCGG